UGACAUUGACAAGUUGGCAAAGUAAAAGUCGAGAUGGCCACCUCAUCCUAACGUCUAAACAGACUGGUUGCAAUAAUAAUUUAGAAUUGUUAGUAUACCGUGAAAUUCAUUUGAAUAAUUUGAUAAGAUGGAUUUCAGUCAUUGCUUCCUUGUUUUCAUUAGUCUCAUAGUUUGUACGAACUGUAUUAUGUGGAAUUUAAAGCCAAAUAGUCGAAAAUGUUUACGGGAGGAACUCCAACAAAAUAUACCUGUAGUCGGGGAAUUUGAUGUCUCAGAAGCCCCUGGACAAACAGUCAAUUACGUUGUAACAGAUUCGAAGGGUCAUAUAUUGGCGAAAAGAGAAGCAAUUUCCAAAGGCAAAUUUUCUUUUAACACGGAGAGUUUUGAUACCUACGAAAUCUGCUUCAUAUCACAAGUUGCUCCACAUAUAGCUGGUGUAACUCAAGAAGUUUCCUUAAUUACCAAACAUGGUAUAGAAACGAAAAAUUAUGACACUUAUGGCGAAGCUGCCCAACUUAAACCAAUUGAGAAAGAAUUGAAAAGAUUGGAAGAUCUAUCUGAUGCCAUUGUCCAAGAUUUCGCCAUUAUGAGAAAACGGGAAGAAGAAAUGAGAGAUACAAACGAAUCUACAAACAGUCGUGUACUAUACUUCUCGAUAUUUUCUUUGUGCUGUCUGAUGGGAUUGGCCACAUGGCAAGUUCUGUACUUAAGGACUUACUUCAAGGCGAAGAAGCUCAUCGAAUAACGAGAAGGAAGUGGUAUCUACUACCUAGAUUUAUUUUUGUAAAAAGAACUGUCACAAUUACUGUAAAAACAUUGCGAAGAUUUUGUGUUAUUUAUUUGUACAUCUUGGUCUGUUUUGUACUAAAUAAGUUGUUAAUAAAAGUUCAAAACCUCAAAGGUUUUAUUCACACUGUUUUUUUAA